AUGGUCACUCGUUUUACGUGGGCCUGGCUGUACGCUGCAUCAUUGUUGUUAACUCAUUUCCACUUCAUUUUCACACACUGCGCUUCAGUUCGUAAUCUCUGUGUCCCAUUAGCCUGUUUUUCCAGACCUUGGGCUUUCGUUAUAUGGUCACAAGAAAGCUCACCUUCUGUAAAUAACGCGGGUUCUCGUGAUCUACGUUGUUUUCGAUCAUUAGCAAAAUCUAGUGGCAAGGGUGGUGCUAAAUCAGUAAAAAAGUCAUCAUUCAGUGGAACUUUAGCCGAUCGUGAUUCUUUGAUCGAGCGAUCUUUGGCUCUUGGGAUCCCACGUGAAGAUAUAGACGAUUGCCUGAAGCAGUUUGUUGUGAUCAAGGGUGGUGGAUCGAAGGAAAAACCCGCAGAGUCGUCCACUAGUGGCUUGUGCAGCGAACUACACAUCGCUGAAGGUUCAGAUAAAUCGUCAGAUAGCUCUGCUGAACCUAAUCCCGCAGAGCCGGCCAAAAAAACACUACCAAGACGACUGUUAAGGAAACAAAAGUAUCUACCAGAAAAGGGUGUUGAGUAUUCUCUAUACGAGGCUAUAGACCGUAUCAAGCUUAUAUCUGGUGUACGUUUUACGGAAGGUAUAGACGUUGCGUUGCAUGUUCCUUUGACCCCCAAAAAAAUACGUGCAACUGCUGGACAAUAUGCAAAAUUGAUCACAAUACCUUACCAGUCACUGAAAUCACGUAGGUGUCGUAUAGGUGUAUUUGCUAAACCUGACAUCUGUGAGCAGGUACGUGCUCUGAAUGCUACAAAGAUUGCAUUUGUUGGAGGUGCGGAACUUAUUGACAAAUUUAAGGCUACCGAGGAGUAUCCUGAGGUAGAUUUCGUCCUUUCAGAUCUUGCAACGUUCCACAAACUCUCGGCAAUUGGACGGACACUUGGGCGUCGUGGUUUAAUGCCAUCUUUGACAGUUGGAACUUGUAUACAGCAUACACAAGAUCUGUUGGAGAAAGUCCAAGACGUUGAGAAUCGGAACACGUUCAUAUUACGUGCAGAUCGUGCGGGUGAUAUCAAGUGUAAUUUUGCUGAUGUUACUAUGCCCACUGAAGAGAUACGUGAGAACUUACUUGAGAUUGUGAAGUAUCUACGUACAAAUAAACCAUUUUUUGCAGGAUCACAACUAUUAUCUGCCGCUUAUGUUUCUUCUAGCAUGGGUCCAUCCUUUCGAAUCAAUUUAAGGGACCUUGGAUGCCGUAGCCGUACUAAACAUCGCCUUCGCCCUUUGUUCAUAAGUUACCUACUGGCAUUUUUGAAGAUGGCAGAGGAACCGGCAGAUUCGAUCCCGCUGGCCCAGCGUAUGGGCAUUGAUCGUAUUUGUAUCGACUAUGCAUCAACGGUUGUUCCGUGGCUGACCCAGGGUAAAUACGAGAAACGUUUACGUAUACCACGUCACAGGGACACCCCUCUUGAGUUUAAUAGUGUACGUCCAAAUUUCUGUUAUUCAAGUUUUACCAACAACUACAAUGGAGUAUGCAGUAACCUUGCACAUGCCUCUUUCAAUCGUAACAAGUUCCCAAUAGUAAGUCUUCGAUGGUUUCCUAAUGGGAAGACGCUAUUGGCUGGUAGUCAGGGUGGUAAACUUAUAAUGUGGAACGGUUUAACGUUCCAAUUCGAUGAUAUCAAGCGUUACCCCGUGAGCGGAGGUAGUGUGACCGCACUUGAAUGGUCACCUGAUGGUGAUUAUUUGAUAUCUGGUGAUGAGUAUGGUAAGCUUGCGUUAUUAUCCCCGGCUCUGAGUCUACUGGAUAACACGUUGUUUGAAGGUCUAAACAAACCAGUGUUGGAUUUGUCAAUGUCUCAAAACGGGUCCAAGGUAUGCGCAUGUGCGGAUACAUAUUCUCCUCAUAUCUGGGAUGUACAACGUCAUGAACUAGAGGGGAUAUUAACGGGUGCACACGUGGACAGUUCCAGCGUAUCCUGUCUACAAUGGCACCCAACCAAGUCAUUGAUAGUUACUGGUAGUAAGAUCAACGUUGUGUCAUUAUGGGAUCCUUCUAAUCGUCGUCAGAUAUCAACUAUCCAUGCUCACAAGGCGCCUAUUUGCAAAGUGUCGUGGAACCCUGAUGGCUAUUCAUUUUUGACAUCGGGUGUUGACGGUCUUGUAAAGCUCUGGGAUCUUCGUAUGAUGAAACAGCUAUUAGUCUAUAGGAUCGCUAGUAAUGUACCUGGGACAUCCACGCUCAAUGCAACUAACCCUACGCCACCUCCUAUGAAAAUGUUGACGGUACCGACUACCAUAGGUUGGAACCCUGUGCAGCGAAAUGUCUUUGCGGUUUGUGAUAACAAAUCACGUAUGUUUUUCUUUUCAAGCCACUUUUCGGAACCUUUGGUUGUUAUUAACCUGAACAUAGCUGAUGAUCGUGACACUGCUACUCUGGCUAUGGAUUGGCAUCCUAUGGGUCAUCUGCUUGCUACCUGUUCUGAUGACCGUAUUGUACGUUUCUGGAGUAGGCCCCAUCCUGGCGGUUUGAAUAAACAGCAACAGGAUGCUAAAGAAUUUGGUGAUAUCGAAUUUGUUAAGUCAUUCCCGUUAACACGUUUCCAAUUGGAUGGGAAGCUAGACAUUUCGUCAUUCACAUCAGUGAAUCGAUAA